AUGAGAUCGUCCAAUCUCGCCGUGUGGCUAUCAAUCGCAGCCAGCGCACUCGCAUGCGACGGCGGCGGGCACGACGACAUCAGCGCCCUCGACACAGGCUUUGGGACCGACAGCCAUGACGCGCAGCAGCAGCAGCAGCAGCAGCAGCUUCGGGAUCGCAUAUGCGCCUCGAGUCCGUUAAUGUUUGCAUCAUUGCAGAGCACCAUUACGAAGAACGACACGUCUCAGUACGGCGUCCUUGAUACCGCAGACGAACCCCUUGUUGAUGAGGGCGUCGUGCCUGAUGGACUGGGUGACUCGGAAGAGGCGCGGAUUCGUUAUGGAACAAAUCUCAAAUCAGCAUCCGGCCUCUGGCAAGUCCGCCCCUCCUCAGGAAAAGGCCUCGGCAUCUUCGCCCUCGCUCCCAUCCCCUUUGGCACCGUGAUCAUAGAUGAAGCCCCCCUCUUCACAAUCAACCCAGGCCGCCUCACCCCAGGCCAAGGCUUCGCCUUCGCCGCCAUCGCAACCCUCGUCGACCAAGCCUUCGCCCAACUCAACGCCUCCAGCCGCACAGCCUACCUCUCCUGUCCGGCGCACCGCGACCCCGGGGGAGCAGACGUCGGCAUCAGCAGGGAAGCCCUCGUCUUCCGCACAAACGGCUUCACCAUGAACUCUGGCGAGAUCGGCAUCUUCCCGCACAUUGCAAAACUCAACCACGCGUGCCGUCCCAACGCGGGCUCCGCCUCGGUCGGCGGGCGGAGGGUGAUUUGGGCGGGGAGGGAUAUCGCGCCCGGCGAGGAGGUGACGAUUACCUACGCGCCGUUGGUGCAGGAUACGGAGGCGCGGCGGGCGCGGCUUGCGCAGUGGGGGUUCACGUGUGACUGUGCCGCGUGCGAGGCGCGGGACGACGACGAUGAAAGAAUCGAGAUGAAGAGGCUGAUGGGGCUCAUUGAGCGGGAACUCGGGAGCGAUGCGUUUGGCGGCGACGUGUUGCCCGACGCGGAGCGGCUUGUGCGGCUUGUCGAGAAGGUUGGGCUGGUGGAUUACCUGAGUAAAGCGUAUAAAUAUGCUUCGUAUGCGGCGUCGAGGUCGGGUAAGUUUGGAGCGGCAAGGAAGUGGGCGAGGAAAGAAUUGAAGAUUCAUGAGAUUGCUGAUGAAGAGUCGGAGUAUGCGAGGGAGACGAGGGCGUUUUUGGCGUCGCUUCCGUUGUUGUGA